AUGCCUUCCAACACCGCAGCAUGGCAGCCCAAGCCCGGCGUUCGUCUUGAAAUCAAAGAUACACCCUACACAUCUCCUCCUGCCGACUCCAUUGUCAUAAAGAAUCACGCUAUCGCCCUGAAUCCCAUCGACUUCAAGCUACAAGAUAUUGCUCUGUUCCCAUUUCUCUCCUACCCGACAAUCCUGGGCAUGGACACUGCUGGUGAAGUGGUCGAAGUAGGGAGCGCACUCUCGUCCAGAUUCAAGUUGGGCGACAGAGUACUGGCACUGGGUGGAGGUGUAUCUGCCAACACGCCUUCUGGCUCGGCUUUCCAGAAGUACUCUGUUGUUCUCGCGAGUAUGGUCACAAAGAUCCCCGACAGCCUGUCCUAUACCGAUGCUUCUGUGAUGCCCCUGGGCAUUGCCACCAGUGCUUGCGGUCUCUUUCAAGAGGACCACCUCGCUCUGAAGUAUCCUUCACACUCUCCUAAGCCCACUGGCCAAACACUACUGGUAUGGGGCGGCUCGUCCAGCGUUGGUGUCAACGCUAUCCAGCUGGCACUUGCCGCCGGCUACGAAGUCGUCACCACAGCCUCGCCCAAGAACUUCGAGCUUCUCCGUGAUCUAGGUGCCAGCGAGACUAUCGACUACAAUCUUGACCCAUCAACCCUGCUCGAGCAGCUCAUCGUUGCCUUUAAGCACAGAACCCUGGCUGGCGUCCUGCACACUGCUGGAGAUAGCAGUGGUCCCAUCUCCGUGUGUGCAGACCUCUUCUCCACAAUCGAGGGCAACAAAUUCUUCACGACCAGCGUACCUCUGCCUGCAGAUAUACCUGCCGACUUCAAGCACAGUCGUAUCUUCGCAAGCACGAUCAAGGACAACGGCAUUGCAGAUGCAGUCUUUGGAGACUUUCUGCCUGGAGCAAUCGCGGAGGGCAAGUACAAGCCAGCGCCUCGGGCUGAAGUUGUUGGGUCUGGAUUGGAGUCUAUACAACAGGGUCUGGACAUUCUCAGAAAGGGUGUCUCUGCAAAGAAGCUUGUUGUCACUCUUGACUAG